AUGGAAGAGACAAUGUUAAUGGAUGAAAAAAUGAUGCAGCAGAUUCCAUCUUCCUAUAAAGAAUCUUCUAACAUGAAACUAAAGCUUCUUAUUAAAUCGGCUUUAUCUAUGCCUAGUUAUGAUAACAUAAAGAAGAAACAUUACACAAUUGUAUACAAGGAAUCAAUCACUAAUGGAACAGGAACUCUUUUGAUGGAAAGUGAUUUUGAGAAAUUUCUGGCUGAAUACCAACGAAUGAAGAAAAUAGGAAAAUCAUUAAUAGUAAUAGUUUCAUUAACAAAAUAUAGAAAAGAAAACAAUAGAGAAUGGAAGAAAAAAAAGAAGGUCAAGUUAAAAGAAAGUGAAUCUUCUUCAUCGACAUUAUCAAGUGAUAUACUUGUGCCACUAAGAAAGAAGAUAAAAAUGCCUAAAGUUAUAGAUCUCGACAAAAAUGAAAUAUGCAUUGCCAAAACUAUAAUUGUAUUACAUAAAAAAUAUCACUGUACAUGGCAUAAUCAACCAUGUCUAGUAGAAAAUCAUCAUCAUUUCAGACUAACACCUUUGCAUAUUAAACUCUGGGCCCAUGAUAUUUUGUAUAGAGAAUCGAUUGAAAUUUUGUUGACAUUGUCAUUAUUUGAUAUGAAUUCUAGCAAAGAACUAUCUGCACCAAUACCAAGGCCUAUUCAACAGUCAUACUUACCUCCACCACUACU